UGUCAUCGUGAAGAAUUUUGUUUGCUUUCAUUUUCUUGUUUAAUUUUUUGUUUGAUUCCUUCAUGUCUGACGGACGACACGUACGUUCUGUACUACCAGUUCAACGCCAGCUUCGACGGCAUCAUUGCUGGGUUCGCUGAUUACAACGCCGAUAAAAACGUUGACGUCUUUGCCAUAUCAAAUUCCGGUCAAAAUGUUGACAUCUGGCUUGCAAGCAAAGAUGGAGACUUCAAACGGGAAACAUUGAUAGUCAACCAGGCAGAUACAUCAGCAACAACAGCAGGAGCUGGAAAAGAAGCAGAUGAUUUUAUAAGUGGGAUUGCAGUGGCCGACUUCAAUGGUGAUGGCCAUCAAGAUAUUCUGGUCAGUAAGUGUAACAUGAAAGCUAACAACAACAACAGUAAUUUAUCAUACACUGUUCAAGUUCAUUGGGGAUCAAAUAUUGGUUUAAACCACACCUCUAAGUUGGAUGGAACAUACAAAGAUGAGCCAAUUAUAUUUGAUUACAACUGUGACAUGCUGCCUGACAUUAUGAUGGUGAACCACGAGAACAAUGCCACAGUUUGGAUAGCUGAGUACAAAAACCAACUUUUCAAUCCAGUGACAUUCUUGAAAAAGUUUGAUCUCCAUCACCCACAUUCAUCUGCAUUCAUUCAACUCAGGUCCUCAUUCAAUACGGAUUUAUUUCUGACAACGUCUGACAACACGUUCACCAUCUUCACUGACGGCAACUACGAGGAAGCGAGUACAUACGACAUCAAGACAAAACUGCCUGUCGGACAGUCAGCAUUCGCUGAUAUAAAUCAGGAUGGAAUCAUAGAUCAUCUCAUUCCAGUUGAGAAUCAAAUUCAAGUUUACCACAAUGGCACUUGGCAUACGCUGGUGGACAUACAACCCGACUACUCAUUUGAUUACAACCACGUUUUAGCGAGCACUGCAUCAACAUACAAACUGCCUGUCAACCUGAUUAUCGGUGAUUACGACCAGGAUGGCUAUCCAGAUGUCCUGACUGUCGCCUGGAAGAACUUAGUGAAAAAGUACGUUCCGAUUCUGUUGAAGAACCUACCUUGCAACAUGAACAACAAGUGUGUUGGCUUCGGGAGGAUUUUGCAAGUUCAAGAAGGUGUCUUGCCAUCUGUUGAAGAUAACGUACAUGUGGCUGCAUUUUUCGAUUACAUGGAAGAUGGUACUCUGGACACUUUGUUGACAUGCUUCUCUUCACCUUCAUCCUUUCCUCCAUCUUCUUUCCACAACAUUCUCCUGAAGAACAACAUUGCGUCUGACACAUGCUUCAUGAAAGUUACCGUGACGAGUGGCGUAGUCGAUAUUUAUCCAACUGCUGACAGGAAGCCACACGGGUUGAACACUGUAGGUCCGACAGUUUGGUACAGAACAACCAAGCCAACUGCCUUUGGCGAGGAACAGAGGAGUUGCGCUAGUCAGAUGAGUCAAACAUCUCACUUCUCUCUGCAACUACCUUUCAUCUUGUUUGGACUUGGGCAAACACCAAACUUCGUUGAUGAAGUAGUUAUCACUCUUCCUCAGAUUUUCAAUAGGACAACCAGACAGAAGAACUGGACUCAGAUAAUACCCAACUCACAACUUCUUGUCAACCCUUACAGGCCAAACACGCCUAACACAUGGACGAUGCAGUUGUUCGUGACGCCGUCGAAAGCCAUCUACACGACGGCAGCCGUUCUCGGAGCUACUUGCAUUGGACUCGUCUUCCUCGUCGGCGCUCUUUUGAUCGUCGAAAAGAAGGAAGACAAGGCAGAGAGAAAUCAAGAAUCACAGAGGUUUCAUUUUGAUGCUAUGUAAUUAAUCUGUUUUGGCGGCUGAUUUUCAACUUUCAAUAUUUCAAUGAUUUACGUUAUUUUCAAUCUCGUAGUAAUUUAUUUGUAUUUUUAUAUUUUUAAAUAUCUUAUUUAUUACUAUUUAAAAAUUUGAAACAACGCAACGUGACAAACAACAGGUGACACUAUAUAUUUAUUGUACAAAUGUUUCGUUCUCUUCUCAAUAUCAAUUU